CCUCACCGUGUGUCUGCGUUGCCUCCGGUAGUUGGAUGAGAUGGGACCCACCUCCUAAGGCUGUCCGGAGGGUUAAAUGCUUUAACCUAAAACUCAUAGACCACUGCCUGGCACGCCAGUAUUAAUACUACUUUUAAGUGUGCAAGUGGAUUGUUGACACCUUUGAUUUUUCUUGAAUUUGGUUUCUUAAAGCACUUGUCCAGUCAGACACUUAAAAAUGGCAUCCAAACAAGAAAUAAUGAGUGACCAGCGGUUUAAGCGUGUUACAAAGGACCCAAGAUUUUGGGAAAUGCCAGAAAAGGAUCGAAAAGUCAAAAUUGACAAGAGAUUUCGAGCAAUGUUUCAUGACAAAAAGUUCAAGUUGAAUUACGCUGUGGAUAAAAGAGGACGCCCCAUCAGCCACAGCACUACAGAGGACUUAAAACGUUUUUAUGACCUUUCGGAUUCUGAUUCAGAUCUCUCAGGUGAAGAUAACAAAGCAUUGAAUCAAAAGAAAAUGAAGAAGAAAAAACCCCAGAAAAAUAAAAUAGAAUCAAAAAAUCUAGUUGAGGAGAAAAAGAAAGAAACCAAGAAAAUUAACCAAAAGGAUUCUGGAAAUAAAAAUGAUUUAGAUAACUCUGACAAAAUUCAGAAAAUGAAAAACUCAUGCAAACCUGAGAAGGUAGAUUCAAAAAUAAGUCCUGAGAAAGACAGUGAAUUUCUACCAAAGAGUGCAAAAGGGGAAAAACGUUAUGUUCAACUUAAUACAGAUUCAUGUCCCAAAGGAAGACUAAGGACAAUAGACUCGGGCACUUCAGAAGUUGUGAAAUCUCCGAAAAUCAAGCAUUCUGAGACAAGAAGAGAAAUACAGUCAGUGGUUCCCUUUGUAGUGGCAAGACACAGUGAUGGUUAUGAAAACUCAACAGGUGGUAAAAUGUUUGAUAAAGAUGCUUUGGAGGAAGAUUUAGAAAGUGCUAGUGAAAGAGGAAGCGAUGAAGAAUCUGAAGAUGGAAUCGCAGACUUUGGUACAGCUUCAGCUGAUGACGACAGUGAUGAAAGUGAAAGCGAGGAGGAGGAAAGUGAUGAGAGUGAGGAGGAGGGGGAAAGUGACAGUGGCCCCGAUCUUGCGAGAGGUAAAGGGAAUAUAGAAACUAGUUCCGAAGAUGAAGAAGAUACAGCAGACUUACUUCCAGAGGUAUCUGGCUUUGAGCAUGCUUGGAGAGAACUAGAUAAAGAUGCUCCUCGGGGUGAUGAGAUUACACGUCGAUUAGCAGUUUGCAACAUGGACUGGGAUAGAUUAAAGGCAAAAGAUUUGCUGGCUCUGUUCAAUUCAUUUAAACCUAAAGGAGGUGUUAUAUUUUCUGUAAAGAUAUAUUUUUCGGAGUUUGGAAAGGAGAGGAUGAAGGAAGAACAAGCUCGAGGACCAGUGGAGUUACUGACUAUUCCUGAGGAUGCCCCUGAGAAGGACUGGACCUCUAGAGAAAAAUUGAGAGAUUAUCAAUUUAAACGUUUGAAAUACUGUUAUGCAGUAGUAGACUGUGAUUCUCCUGAAACAGCUGCUAAACUUUAUGAGGAUUGUGAUGGCCUGGAAUUCGAAAGUAGUUGUUCGUUCGUAGAUCUAAGGUUUAUACCAGAUGAUAUUACUUUUGAUGAUGAGCCCAAGGACGUAGCCUCAGAAGUGGAUUUAACAGCAUAUAAACCAAAAUAUUUCACAUCUGCUGCAAUGGGAACAUCAACGGUGGAGAUCACUUGGGAUGAGACUGAUCAUGAAAGAAUUACAACGCUGAACAGAAAGUUUAAAAAGGAAGAGCUUUUGGACAUGGAUUUUCAAGCCUACUUAGCUUCCUCUAGUGAAGAUGAAGAGGAAAUAGAAGAUGGGCUACAAGGUGAUGAUGAAGUCAAUGAAGAAGACGACGGAAAAACAAAAAAAUGUCAGAAAGAUGAUGAAGAGCAAAUUGCUAAAUAUAGGCAACUCUUGCAAGUUAUUCAAGAAAAAGAAAAGAAAAGCAAAGAAAAUGAUAUGGAAAUGGAAAUUAAGUGGGUUCCAGGUCUUAAAGAAAGUGCAGAAGAGAUGGUCAAAAACAAAUUGGAAGGAAAAGAUAAACUGACCCCUUGGGAACAAUUUUUAGAGAAGAAGAAAGAGAAAAAAAGACUGAAAAAGAAACAGAAGGCUCUUGCUGAAGAGGCCAGUGACGAUGAACUUCCCUCUGAUGUUGAUUUGAAUGACCCAUACUUUGCUGAAGAAGUUAAAAAAAUUGGUAUAAAAGAAAAGAAAAAAUCAAUGAAAUCUGCAAAAGAAAGCACAUCUCCAGAGGAAGAAGCUGAAAUAGAAAAACAAAAGGCUGAAAUGGCUUUGCUCAUGAUGGAUGAGGAAGGAGAGAGCAAGAAGCACUUCAAUUACAGCAAGAUUGUGGAGCAUCAGAAUCUGAGCAAAAAGAAGAAAAAACAGCUCAUGAAAAAGAAGGAAUUAUUGGAGGAUGACUUUGAGGUAAAUGUUAAGGAUGCACGGUUUCAGGCAAUGUAUACUUCCCACUUGUUCAACUUGGAUCCUUCAGAUCCUAACUUCAAGAAAACAAAAGCUAUGGAAAAAAUUCUUGAGGAGAAAGCUCGGCAGAGAGAACAAAAAGAACAAGAACUUACUCAGGCAAUAAAGAAAAAAGAGAGUGAAAUUCAAAAGGAAUCACAAAAGAGGUCCAUUGAUCCUGCCUUGUCAAUGUUGAUUAAAUCGGUAAAAAACAAAACAGAGCAGUUUCAAGCAAGAAAAAAACAAAAAGUCAAAUAGCAGUAUGUUGUUUCUUUUUAGAUUAAGAAUGUGAUCCCCUAAAGUUUACAGAAGUGGUAGAAAAAAUAUUUAUUGGGAACAAAGCUACCUUUCAAGAAUAUGAAUAAAGUCUUACUCUGACUAUUGAAA